GAUAUGCAUUUAAGUGCACUGUGAAAUAAACUGCUUGACAACAAGAAUUUAAUGUCGCAGGAAGUAAAUAAGCUAUAAAACAAGGGGAAAAGGGGAAAUUGCUUGGACCUGUCACUAUAGAGACUCAACUCACGGAUGUCUUCAGUUAGACGACUGUCAAAUGUUAAUAGAAAGCAGGCAGCUGCUGACAACACAGUCAAGCCUCUGCUAAAGAUUAACUACGCUUUCAAUACACACAUUUCAACUAACAGUUCCGUGUAAGACCGAUCUUACAGCGGCUCAUCAACCUGCAUCGAUGAUAUUGACAGCCAAAUUUGGAAGUAUAGGUCAGCUUGCCAGCUUACAGUGUCAACUUUCAUUUCUGAGGGCUGCAUGUUCUAUUUUGAGCGUGGAGAGCGAGCCAGUCCAAGUGCAGUCGACUGGUUUCAUUUGAGGACUUAGCCCAUUUUCUGUCAAUGAAUGUGUUUUGUUUUUUUUUUCUCUGAGUUUGUGAGCUGUUGUGGAAGUCAGUAAAAACGUAACCGUGGGAAAUGGCUCCAAAGAAGGGAAAGGGAGAUGAUGCACCAAAGCCGCCACCUAUUAUUGGAAGGUUUGGCACUUCACUGAAAAUAGGAAUUGUUGGCCUGCCCAAUGUUGGGAAGUCAACCUUUUUCAACGUGCUGACAAAGAGUCAGGCUGCGGCUGAAAAUUUCCCCUUCUGCACCAUUGACCCAAAUGAAAGCAGAGUGCCCAUUCCAGAUGAACGCUAUGAUUUCCUCUGCCAAUUCCACAAACCUGCCAGCAAAGUCCCAGCAUUCCUUAAUGUCGUUGACAUCGCUGGCCUGGUGAAAGGUGCUCACUCUGGCCAGGGCCUGGGAAAUGCCUUCCUGUCUCAUAUCAGCGCCUGUGACGGCAUCUUCCACAUGACACGUGCUUUUGAGGAUGAGGAUAUCAUCCAUGUUGAGGGGACGGUGGACCCAGUGAGGGAUAUGGAGAUCAUCCACGAGGAACUGAGGUUGAAGGAUGAGGAGAUGAUCGGCCCUAUUAUUGACAAGCUGGAGAAGACGGCCAUUAGAGGCGGUGACAAGAAACUCAAACCAGAAUAUGACGUUAUGUGCAAAAUCAAGAGCUGGGUAGUGGAUGAAAAGAAACAUGUCCGCUACUAUCACGAUUGGAACGACAAGGAGAUCGACGUGUUGAACAAAUACUUGUUUUUGACAUCCAAACCAAUGAUUUACCUCGUUAACCUCUCUGAGAAAGACUACAUCAGGAAAAAGAACAAAUGGUUGGUGAAAAUCAAGGAGUGGGUGGACAGUCAUGACCCCGGAGCCUUGGUCAUCCCCUUCAGCGGGGGCCUGGAGAACCAGCUACAGGACAAGAGUGAAGAGCAGAGGCAGGAGUACUGCACAGAGCACAAGACGCAGAGUGCCCUGAGCAAGAUCAUCAAGGCAGGCUACGCAGCCCUGCAGCUGGAGUACUUCUUCACCGCUGGACCAGAUGAAGUCCGUGCAUGGACCAUUCGGAAAGGAACUAAGGCUCCACAGGCUGCGGGGAAGAUCCACACAGACUUUGAGAAGGGCUUCAUUAUGGCGGAAGUAAUGAAAUUCCAGGAUUUUAAAGAGGAAGGCAGCGAGAGCGCUGUCAAGGCAGCAGGGAAAUACAGACAACAGGGAAGAAACUACAUUGUUGAAGAUGGAGACAUCAUCUUUUUCAAAUUUAACACACCAAAUACACCAAAGAAAAAGUGAUGCAAGAGCAAGCCAUUUGUUUACAUAACUGACUGUGCUUGUUAUCCACCAUCCACCCCCCACUCCAACACCCCAACACCUCAACACCCCUUUCAUUCCCCUCCGUGGCGUGACACCCGCUGCCACGCUCUCACUUUCUGUUCCCCCAUCCUGUAGAAUCAAAUCCCCCCUCUGUGCCCAAGCACAGGUUCAGUAAACUCUGACAGCUUUGCUAUUUAAGAUCAGGAUCGGCCCCCACUCCAAAUUGUAGCAGCAUUUGAAGGAGCAUAUUACUCUCCAGAUACUUCAUUAAUCUCCAUCACGGGUGCCAGCACUGACACAGCUGACAGCAGGGACAAUGCCACCUGCUCCUCUCCCCCUUCAGCAGAUAAUGCAUGUUUUACAGUAGCCCAGAUGUCUACACUCAAUAAAACAUUUGACAAAACCAGUCUGUGUGUGUUUUGGGAUGUCUGUAUUGAGUGCAAAGCUGCAUGGUGACUGUGAUAGCGGCCCUGCCGACCACUGAUUAGAGAAUUAAAAGACACAGCUGACACUGACUGUAGCAGAGAGGGAACAAUUCUAAUUAAAUCUGUUAAGUGAUGCUGAUUUUAGAAGGGCACAUGCAGAAUGCAGGUGUUUCGGCCAAAAGAACUGGUCAGUUUAAAGGAUUAUUUGUAAAGUGAUUGAGUUAACCUUUCAUUUGCAUGUUUUUUUUAUUUUUAUUUAUGAUUGAUGCAUAUGUGAGUCCUCGCUUUCACUGUCACCAUAAUACUCAACAAUCCCCAUAUAUUGACAAAAUAGUGUAUUUGUUAUAUUUACAGUUUCUUUCUCCUGUUCCAGAAGAGUAUGGGCAAAUACACGCCUAGAAAAUAAAAGAAAUAUUCAUUCAAGCCAUAUUUUCAGAAAAGUCCACAUUUUAUUAUAUUCUGUAUAGUAUGAAAAUAGAGGUUGACACAAUCCACAAGCACGACCAGAAAACGAAUCCUUUUGUCUGGAGUAGUGUUUUUCUCACCCCUAUACUUUGUGUGUAAGUGUUUGUGAAGCGUUUAUGCUGAUGGAAUUGUAUGGCUGCAGCCGCAGUGCUCCAAAGUAAGAUUGUAUUCUCCGUGGGAGUCCGAACAAAGAGCUGUAGAUCAACAGUGCUUUGCUGAAUAUCUUGUAACCAUUAAGACUGCAGAGAACAAAAUGGCCUUUUGAUGGGAACAAAAAGAUUGAAUAAAAACGGUCAUUUUACAGAGAUAGUAUUGCAUAUCCAAGUUUUGGAUAGAAUGUUUUAUGGAGCCGAUCCAACGGCAGCACUACAAAGCACAGUGUUUGUCAUGGAAAUAAGGAGGAUUACAGUCUUUAAAGUUUAAGAUCAGUGACAAAGUAUAGGAUAGUUUUUAUUGUGGUUGGAUGGAAUGAA